AUGAUGCAGGGAGUUAUUGAUUUUUUGUUAGGUGAUACCAAAGAUGCAAGAAUUUUGAGGAAAAAUUUUAUUUUUAGGAUAGUCCCGAUGCUUAAUCCAGAUGGGGUGAUAUAUGGGAAUUGUAGAUGCUCUUUGCUAGGAAUUGAUUUGAAUCGCCGAUGAAAAAAUCCUGAUGAAAUAAUGCAUCCUACUAUGCUUUUUAAUAGAAAAUAUGUAUAAUGAUAUUAAAAAUCUAGUUUUAAGCAAAUUCAUGCUAAAAAGCUUAUAUUUUACACUAAAAAAAUGAUAGAAAAAUUCAAUAAAUGCCACGAAGUUGUCAUGUACUGUGACAUGCAUGGGCAUUCACUUAAAAAGAACGUCUUUAUGUACGCUUGUUCACCUAAUCAAAGCAAAAAGAAAAAAGUCCUUAUGAGUAUGAUUCCUUAUUUUUUAUCAGAAAGAAAUUAAAUGGUGGCGUCUGAAUUCGAGACACUACCUAUGAAGCAGAUAGGGCCCGUCCUGAUGAAGCUGAAAAUAGUGCCUCUGCCACUUUUUGAAAAAGGCGUUCGGGUUUGGGGAUGCCUCUCGAAGAGGUAAGUUUUGUUUCACCCAAAGAUUUUCACUGUCCCUUCCAGAUGGGCUAGAUAGGUUUUGCUUCCAAGUUGUCUUUGCUUUUUGGGUCUUACAAGACAUCCGCAAGAGAUGGAUCUAACCUAGGGAGCUAAUCUUUAGCUAGGUGGGUUUACUCCAGAUAGGCAGACUAAUAGCUUAUCCGCCUAUAUUCUUAUAGCACUUAACUUAACUUAUUUUUUAUCAAAAACUAAUAAGCUGUUUUCUUUUCAAGGCACCAAGUUUAGAACAGAGAGGUUUAAACAAGGUGCAGCCCGAGUGGUCGUUUAUAAAGAAUUCGGGAUCGUAAAUAGCUAUACAUUAGAAGCUUCCUUUUUUGGACCUGACAAUAAAGAUAUGUUAAAAGCGAGCGAGGAAGAAGAAAAUGAUGACACACAUAUGAAUAUUGACCAUCUGCAAAGCUUGGGGAGAGACCUAUGUAAACAGCUGCUUAUGUUUAGAACUCAAGGACUUUUUAAGAAAAAAAUGGAUAUUGUCGUAAAUAUACUGAUAAAAAAUAAAUUUGUUUAUAAAUAUUUAAAUAAAAUAUUAACAGAAAUUAAUAAUUAUUAGAUUAAUUUACAAAAGCAACAAAGGCACCAUCAAGAAGCAAUUGUCCAAGAAAUCGUGCAGGAAGUAGAAGCUGAAGAAGAUGAAUUUACGAUCCUAAAUUCUCUGCAACAUAUAAAUGAAGAAGAUUUUAGAGAAUUAUUUGCUGAUUUAGAUGAAGGGAGUUUAAGUGAAGACUCAGGAGACUCAGAUAUUGAUGACAAAAAACAAAAAUUUUUGAUAUCUAAAAUGAAUAAAUUUCAAAAAACCGCAGCUUAAUCUUAGUUUUAAUAAAAUUAUAGAAAUCCAAUGUAAUUCCUGAAGGAUUAAUUCCAAUCGAAUGCUCCCUUCCCCUGAACGCCAACUUGUGCACAACGUCACAAAAGGGUUUAUCCUGCCGGACAAGAGCCUACCAUUCCCUCUGAGGCAAAGACCCGAAUUUGAAGUAAAGCUUAUGGUUAGCCAGACAUUGCGUUUCACCAAACCGGUAAAACCUAGCUAAAAGUAUAUCCUGAGCGCCAUUCUCCCUUCCUUAAGUCCCUGCGUGCCCUGUGAAUGUUGAUUCACCAUUUUAAUUUAUCAAAAAACCGCAGCCACUUUUAGCAAAAACCCAAAAAAUUACAAGGGAUACCAGAUAUUGCAAAUCGCCAGAACUCGGAAUGAAAUUUAACAGAGAAAGCCCAAUGCGCAGAACUUCCUAUUCUAAGACAACAAUUCAAAAAAAGCCAUCAACCCCAGAAAUUAGAAAAGUAGCAGUGGUUGCUAAAAGUUAUUUAAUAAAAGAUUAUUUAGAAUACAGAGUCCCUACCAAGAAACUUGACGAGGCAAGCCAUACACAGUCUUCCUUUUCCCAUUAUUCCAAUAGGCUCAACAGCUCAAGAAGUCUCCAAAGAUCUAUAAAAGAUAAUCCUCAAGGGAUUUCUAAAUCUAAUAGAUCGCUGAAAUUAGUGACGAUUUCUCCAUUUAAAGAAAGAAGAAAGCUCAUGAUUAUUGACCCUCCAAAAAAUUUUUUAAAUAUUUAAUUUGAGGUAAACUAAUUAAUUUAUUUUUUUAAAAAAUAAUUGGCAGCAUUUUUUUUAUUGGGUAUAUAA